UCAAGUCGGCUAUUAUAAGUUCGUGGCUAUAGCAGUGGUAACAUACGUUGCAGGAAGUGAAGGAUGUUGAUGAUGAUGAGGUGAAAGAGGAGAAGAAGAAGGAGGAGGAGGAGGUUAUGAAAGAACGAAUAUGGUAUGUCGGUGUUUAGGAAGUAGCUGUGAUGGAAGGAGGAAGACCUGGGUGGGCAGCGUCUAGGGAGGUGGCACUGCGGAAGGAGUGAUGAGUCGGAAGAACAAUGACCACGGGGCGAAGACGUCGCGACAGAUAAGGAGGAUUACGGAGAGGAAGAAGAAGACGAAGGAGAAGACAACUACGGCGGCUGCGGGAAGACGACACGGCGUGCGCGAGGUAGGAGUCGAAACCGGUCUGGUUCGGUUCUGGUUCCGUCUCGGGCAAUCACACGUGCCCGGCGCGCUCAGUCCCAUUAUCACCGGCGAUCCCGUCGCGGCCACAACGUACGCGCGAUACUAUCAUCGCCGUCAUCAGGCCAACGAAAACGACGACGUCGGACGCAUCAAAGUUUAUCCUUUUUAAAAUUCCAAUUUUUUUUUAUCCGCACUUGAGAUCGUUUUAUGUGAUUUCAGUAGAUAACAGCAUACCACUUUAUAGGUGUUUCGUUUCGGAGGCGCCACCACCUAGAUCGUAAUAACAUUUAUACGAACACAAUAUAUUCUAAAAUAACGUAUAAUCGACCGCUGUUUUUGUCUUUUCGUUUUCCAAAUCAGUAUACCGUUUACCCGCGUAGCCGUUCAUCCGAUUUGUACAUUUUAUUUUUUUAUUGUUUCACUAUCUGUUUCGCGGCGUGCGAUGGUCCGGUCGCGCGAUCCGCCGGCAAUCGGUUACAGGUGACGACGGGCAACCGUCAGCACACAGCAUUCAAACGUCGCGCGUCCAACGAUGACGACCGAUGACGAACGUCGGACAUGAACACUGGACCCGGUCAGGGUGCCCAUGGGCCAUUGUCUCUACCAAACUGGUGGCCCACCGACGCUCGUCACACCACUUCAUCGACCUCGGAUGUCAUGAGUCAGCUAUGUCGUGUGUGCGGAGAACCAGCCGCCGGUUUUCAUUUCGGAGCGUUUACGUGUGAAGGAUGCAAGUCAUUUUUCGGCCGGACCUACAACAAUCUGAGCUCGAUAUCGGAGUGCAAGAACAACGGCGAGUGCGUGAUCAACAAGAAGAACAGGACGUCGUGCAAGGCCUGCCGGCUGCGCAAAUGUCUGGUGGUGGGCAUGUCCAAGAGCGGGUCCCGGUACGGCCGGCGGUCCAACUGGUUCAAGAUCCAUUGCCUGCUCCAGGAACAGCAGCAGCAGCACCACCACCAGCAGCAGCACCAACAGCAACACCCGCACCAGCAGCAACACCAACAACACGCGCACCAGCAACAACAACACCGGCAGUCCGCGGGCCUGCAUUUUCAGCAUCAACAACAGCAGCAGUCGGCGGCGGCGGCCGGUUGCAGAGUGUCGCUGGACCGGGGCCGCACGCCGCCGCUUUCGCUUCCGCCGCUGUGGGCGGACGUCAAACACCACCUGCGCCUGGACGCGGACAACAACAACUCCGUGGCCGGUGACCUGAACAAAGAGUGCAUCGGAGCCGGCGUCCCGAGAACUUGGUUAAUAUCUCAUUUGCUGGAAAAGGAAAAGAAACACUUUUGGCGGAAAUGUGUUCUACCUGGAGUCAAUAAGGAUGAUCUACGCUCUGAUCAUACUGAAUAUUCCGCCGUCGACAUGUGCACGUGA